AUGGAUCGGAGGGUACGAGACGAACGAACACAUCAAAUAUGGCAUAUUUAUUUACCCGAUCUUGAACCGGGUCAACUGUAUGGAUAUCAUGUCGAUGGUCCGUUUGAUCCAUCGAAUGGCCAUCGUUUCAAUGUAAAUAAACUGCUAAUUGAUCCAUAUGCAAGAGCCAUCACCGGUACAUUGGAAUGGCAUGAUUCACUAUUCGGUUAUGAUAUUCAAGAUACAUCUCCGGAGAAAGAUUUAACAUUUAGCACAAUGGAUAGUGCACCAUUCAUACCAAAAUGUGUCGUUGUUGAUUCUUUAAAUUUUAAUUGGGGUGGUGAUGCUCCACCAAAGAUUCCGUAUCAUGAAUCAAUUAUUUAUGAACUACAUGUCAAAGGUUUUACUAAACUUAAUCCAGAAGUUCCAGAAGAAAUUCGUGGUAGCUAUGCUGCUAUUGGACAUGCAUCAACCAUUGAAUAUUUUAAACAACUUGGUAUUACGGCUGUUGAAUUAAUGCCUGUACAACAUUUUAUAACCGAUCGUCAUUUAAAAGAUAGAGGUUUAACAAAUUAUUGGGGUUAUCAUACAAUUGGAUUUUUUGCACCUGAUGUUCGUUAUUCAUCAUCAGGUACUUAUGGGCAACAAGUCCUUGAAUUUAAACAAAUGGUUAAAAAAUUACACAAAGCCGGUAUUGAAGUUAUUAUGGAUGUGGCUUAUAAUCAUACGGGUGAAGGAAAUCAAAUGGGCCCAACAUUAUCGUUCAAAGGCAUUGACAAUAGAAGUUAUUAUCGUCUAACAGAAAAUGACAGACGAUUUUAUUUUGAUUAUACGGGUACGGGUAAUACAGUGAAUUGUAUGUUACCAAAUGUACUACGAUUGAUAAUGGACAGUCUUCGUUACUGGAUAAUCGAGAUGCAUGUCGAUGGUUUCAGGUAA